AAUUAUGGCGUUGGCCUAGUCUGUUUUUUACUGGAUGUAAUAGUUGCGUAGAAAAUUGUGUUUUGUUUCGCCAGCCAUUUUGAGAAUAUUUAUUUUUAAAUAACGAAAUAAUGAAUGUCGAUUAAUAAUUUCACGUAUAAUUGAAAAUUCGCGUACGUUAAUGAACGUUAGCUUAAUGAACAAACGUUCUCCCCCAGGCAUAGGGGAGUGAAAAAGUCUGCAGACAUUGGGCGUACAGUGAGUAAACCAAUAAAAUUAACCAUGUCCGGUAAGAAUAUAUAUCCCUCGCUCGAUCAGUUGAAAAAUAAGAAGAAAAAUAUACUAGAAGAGCAACCCUACAACGAGAUGAACCACAUAACUAAUGUCGAUUCUAAUAACGAUAUCGAAGAAAUGGACACCCAAGAUGUAGAGCCUCCCGAAUCCGGAGAAGAUAUUUUGUCUCAAUUUAACGACAACAUGCUGAGUAACACGUCGAUGAACGGCGAACUACAAGAUGACGCUGUCACUCCAAUGGAGUCCGAUAUGCCCGAGGAUGACGCCAGAUCUAAGGCUACGUUCGACUUCGUCGUCGAGAAUUUCAGCCGGAUUAAAGACGCUGUGUUAUCUCAACCUUGCAUGAUCCGUAAUUUACCGUGGAAAAUAAUGGUCAUGCAAAGACCUGGGAAUACGGCCGAUCGAUCGUCGUCCAAAAGUCUCGGUUUCUUUUUACAAUGCAACGGAGAAUCGGAAAGCUCAUCUUGGAGCUGUUUCGCCAACGCGCAACUCAUCAUAUUGUCGCAGAAAGAAGGCGUCGAAGAAUUCUCCAGAAAAAUUCAGCAUUUAUUUUACUCGAAGGAGAACGAUUGGGGAUUUAGUCAUUUUAUGUCGUGGAAUGAUGUUAUGAAUCCGGAACGUGGUUACAUCAAAGACGAUACUAUUAUUUUACGCGCUGUCGUAACCGCCGAUGCUCCUCACGGUGUCAGCUGGGAUUCGAAAAAGCAUACCGGAUAUGUGGGUUUGAAGAAUCAAGGCGCCACUUGCUACAUGAAUUCGCUCCUUCAAACGUUAUACUUCACUAAUCAAUUGAGAAAGGCUGUAUAUAAAAUGCCUACGGAGAGCGACGACAGCAGCAAGAGUGUCGCUUUGGCUUUACAGAGGGUGUUUUACGACUUGCAAUUCAGCGAUAAGCCGGUCGGUACGAAGAGGUUGACGAAAUCGUUCGGAUGGGAAGCGUUGGACUCGUUUAUGCAACACGAUGUACAGGAAUUUCUCAGAGUUUUACUCGAUAAAUUGGAGAAUAAAAUGAAAGGGACCUGCGUCGAAGGUACUGUACCGAAAUUAUUCGAAGGAAAAAUGGAAUCGUUUAUCAAGUGCAAGAACGUCAACUACGAGUCGAAAAGAUCAGAAACCUUCUACGAUAUCCAACUGAACGUGAAAGGAAAAAAGAACAUCGAUGAAUCUUUCCGUGACUACGUCACGACCGAAAUCCUCGAAGGAGAUAACAAAUACGACGCCGGAGAAUACGGUUUACAAGAUGCCGAAAAAGGUGUCAUUUUCGAAUCGUUUCCGCCCGUUUUGCACCUUCAUCUGAUGCGUUUUCAGUACGAUCCUAUUACCGAUUGCUGCGUCAAAUUCAACGACAGAUUUGAAUUUUACGAGAAAAUAAGUCUGAAUCAGUAUCUGCAAUGCGCCGGCAAUACCCCAGCUAACUACACGUUGCACGCAGUCUUGGUUCAUAGCGGUGACAAUCACGGCGGUCAUUACGUCGUGUUUAUUAAUCCUAAAGGCGAUGGAAAGUGGUGUAAAUUUGACGACGAUGUUGUAUCGAGAUGUUCGAAACAAGAAGCAAUCGAGUAUAAUUACGGAGGACAAGAUGAAGAAUUGACGAUGACCGUUAAACACUGCACUAAUGCCUACAUGUUGGUGUAUAUACGCGAUUCCGAGUUGAAAAACGUCCUGCAAGAAGUCACUAACGAUGAUAUUCCGGCUGAGUUGGAAGCUAGACUCCAAGAAGAACGUAGAAUCGAGCAAUUUAGACGUAAAGAACGUAACGAAUCGCAUUUAUACACGACAAUGAACGUAUUUUUAGAAGAUUGUUUCGACGGUCAUCAAGGUCCCGAUCUAUUCGAUCAGGAGCAAACGCAGGUGCGAGUCUUCAAAGUGAAGAAAACCAACACAGUCGAUCAAAUAGUGGAAACUUUAUCGCAAUCUUUCAAUUGUCCGAUGGAACAACUAAGAAUAUGGCCAUUCGCUGUACGACCCAAUCAGACGUAUAGACCGAUACAUUUCGAUAUUAUUUCCGAAAUGAGUAAACAAAUCGGCGAUAUUACUGAUAAUCAUCCGUGGAGUAUAUUCUUGGAAAUCAUACCGUUAGAUAUUGGCAUGAAUAUGCUUCCUACCUUCGAUAGCGAAUCGGAAGUUUUAGUAUUUUUCAAAUUAUACGAUCCGAAAGUGCGAAAGAUUUAUUAUUGCGGACAUCACUACGUUCAAUCCGGGUCUACGUUCAAUGAUUUAGUACCGAUUUUAAACGAACGUGCCGGAUAUUCUCCUAAUACCAGAUUAUUGUUAUACGAAGAAGUCAGAGCCCAUGUAGUACAAGAAAUCAACACUUAUAACGAACCUUUGGAAAAGGUAUUAGAAGAAUUAGCGGACGGUGACAUCUUCGUUUUUCAAAAAGAUGACGCUUCGACUGCUGAUUUACCGAAUUGUAAAGAACAUUUUAGAGAUUUGAUGAACAGGGUAGAGAUAGCUUUCUGUGAUAAGAAUAUUCCGAACGAUACUGGUUUCAUUUUAGAACUAUCAUUGAAUACUAAGUACGAAAAAAUGGUCGAAGCUGUCGCAGAAAGAGUCGGUAUUGAUAAGCAUAGAAUUCAGAUCUUCAAAUGUCAAAGCGGCAGUGUCAAAGAAAUUUACGGACAUCCUAUUGCUUAUGCUUUCGACGGCGUCGUUAAAGAUUUAGUUAGCAUCACUCCGAAUAAGAAAACCGUUAAGAAGCUAUUUUAUCAAACGUUGGCCAUGCCUUUGCACGAGCUCGAAAAUAAGAAACCUUUCAAGGUUUUGUGGAUUGGUCCUAAACUCAAAGAAGAAAAGGAAAUCACCUUGUAUCCUAAUAAAAACGGCACCGUUGCUGAUUUACUAGAAGAGGCGAAAAAUGUCGUCGAUUUGGCUGCGGACGGGUCCGGUAAACUAAGAAUACUUGAGUUGAGCUCUAGCAGAUUAACCCAAGGUCCAGACGAACACACGCCCCUGGAAGCGUUACCUGUACAGAAAUCCUACAGAAUAGAAGAAAUACCGAAGGACGAAGUUAACUUAGCCAACGAUGAGAUGCUUAUUCCUGUAGCACAUUUUCAAAAAGAUGUAUAUACUACGUUCGGUACUCCAUUUUUACUUAAAAUUAAAGAUAAAGAACCAUUUUCCGAAGUUAGAGAACGAAUUUUCCAGAAAUUAGGAGUUACUGAAAAAGAAUUCGAAAAAUAUAAGUUCGCUCUUGUCAUCACAGGCAGACCAAGAUUCCUAUCAGAUAAUAUGGACACGGUUAUCAACUUCCAAGAAUUUCGUAGUAACACGUCAGUUUCUCUAUUACACAAACCAUGGCUCGGUUUAGAACACACAAAUAAGGCUCCUAAACGAAGUAGAUAUAAUUAUUUAGAAAAGGCGAUUAAAAUAUAUAAUUAAUGUUUUUCUUCUUCUGUAUUCGAUAAGUUUUAUCUUCUUUUCUAAAUAAAUAAAACAAAAAAACAAAACAAGCAACCUUACGCGGUGGUAUUGAAAGUAGGAUAUUUCGCGGAUAUAGGCCGACCAUCGAUGAUGCGUGUUCGUGUGUGACAAAAAUGAAAAAAAAUCUAUACAAAUUCAAUCCAUUUUUUCACGCGUUCGCGUACUCGCUAAUCGUAUGUAAUUUUGUCUAGGGUGUUUUUUUAAUUGAUCGUUUAAUAAAAUUUAUUUUUUCUUCGAUGAUGAUGAUGAUGAUGAUUUGUGAAAUUUUGUAGAUGUGUUCGCGCGGUUUUAUUAUACACUCGGGUGUAAUUCAGUGCUAAUCGAUUUUCAAAGCCAAGGUUUUAAUUUUUCAAUAGUUUUAUAAUAUUUAUUAACAUUAUUAUAUUUAUCAAGUUUAUUUGUUAAUGAAUAUGUAUAUUUUUGAAGUAUAAUUUCGGAUUUUUGUAUAGUAAUAUUAUCAUUAUCCACGCGUUUAAUAUUUUAAAAAAAAAAAUGUUCUCUCUUUCUUUUUCAUUUCGUCGUCGUCGUCGUCGUUGUCGAUUUGUUGUGUGGAUUUCGUCUGGUAUAUUUUUAUAUAUACAACGUAAACAUUACUAUACUAUAAAGACGAUCUUGUAAUUUUUUAUUCGCAUUAAACUUAUUGCUGUUUGAGAAAUUGAUUUUUUUUUCUUCUUUUUUUUUUUAAUAAUUCGUAAUGUUGUGUAAAUUGAAUUGUUUUGUGUUAAAUUUUGGACGUUGUACGAUUUAAAGUUAUAUAAUUAAACCGCUUGCAAACGAACGAUCGUGAUAUGUUGUUAAUGUAUUUAUAUAGAAACGCUGUUGAUGUAGCUAAAUAAAUUUUAAGUUUACGUGUUUAAAAUUCGUAUAAUGUAAAAUAUUUAUUCGAAUGAAACCCUCGCCUUGAAAGCGUCUUCUCGAGAUGCUGCUUUAGGGAGGGGUAUUUAGAGUUAACAAAGAAGAAGAUGAGAAAGGAGAAAAAUUAUAUACGAAAUCGUGAUCAUUAUAAUACAUAGACAAAAACACGCUACACUCGCAACAAUUUUAACUUAACGGUUUUUAGAACACUAAUCAUUUUCUAACGAAAUGUUUCUGAUGAACGCUGUCCAAACUUUCCAAUGAUUCGGCUGUUAGAAUACCAUUGGAGAGGCCUAUUGUGGCAGUCUAUAAGAGAUCGGGUAUCAUUAAGAUGUUAUAUAUUGUGUCGAGAAACGGUUCGAAUAAACGAUUGAUUUUUUUUCUUA